AUGGAGGCCACAUCGUCGGAUCACAGCCUCGUCAAGACUGUCGCCAGCUGGAUUCUGCUGGUUGGCCUUAGUGGUGCCAUCUACUGGCGAAUCCACAACGACCCCAAGAAGAAGAAUGUCGUGGCCAAAACCGUCACACAAGCAAAGCAAGACCUGGGCAAUGAUGUGGCAUCCGCGACCGCCGCCAUGAAGAAGAAGGCCGACAAGGCAUUGAAGCCAAAGUCCAAGCCAGCACCGUCUCGCCCCGAGACCGCCACCGCAGCUGUCGAAUACGACCCUGUCGCCGAGGCAGCUGCCAAGCGCGACGAGGCCAAGGCCAACCAGGACUUUGCCCAGUCAUUCUCCAAGCUCAAGACUGGUCAUCAAUUCGUAUCCGGCAAGACCGAGAAGAAGAGACAAAAGUCUGUCAAGCAGUCCCGAGCACAGGAGACCGAUGAUGCCCCUGCCGCUAGCCCUCCUUCAUCAGCAGCUGGAGACGCCGAUGAUGAUCUUUCGUCUGCCGCUUCCCCCAUUGCCGCACCCGUCGACAGCACUGGUGUAUCCGACAUGUUGGAGGCUUCGUCUCCUGGACCUUCCGUCCUGCGACUAACCGACACCGACAAGGCUCCUCAGUCGUCGGCAAAGAAGACCAAGGCGGCCCCUGCCCCCGUCGAGACAAAGAAGCAGAGACAGAACCGCCUCAAGGCCGAACGUAAGAAGUCGGAGCGUGAGCAAGAUGAGGUUGAGCGCAAGAAGCUUGAGGAGGCUCAGAGACGCCGAGCCCGCAUCGCCGAGGGCAGACCCGCCAAGGAUGGUUCGUCCUUUGUGGCCAACAAGGAAAAUGCCUGGACCGCCAAGGCCAACGGCGAUUCGUCUGCCCCCGUGCAGCUCCUUGACACUUUCGAGCAGUCGGCCGCGACUCCCGUGUCCACCUCGACCCCCAAGGCUGCUGUUGCAGGUAACAAGGAGCGAUCCGAGUCUUGGAUGUCGUCUCUUCCCUCUGAGGAGGACCAGAUUGCCCAGGUUAUGGAAGAUUCCUCUGCCUGGAACGAGGUCACCACCAAGAAGAGCAAGAAGGGCAAGAAGACCCAGGAAUUUGCCCCAGAACCUGCCACCUCGGCAACACCAAUCCAAGCCUCUGCACCAGCAGCCAAGACCGCUGUGAACGGAAGCAAGUCAAAGCCUGCUCUCAGCAGCCACUCAUCAUUUGCUGCUUUGGCUCCCGAGGAGACUGCAGACGAUGACGAUGUUGAGGAGGAGUGGGAGGUGUGA